AUGGAGGGACGACUUAACGUGCCUGACAACGUGUCGGAAGGGGGGCUGUCAAGUCCGUCGCCGGUUCCUAAAAAGACCAGAAAGAGAUGGGGCCGAGAUGAAGAUGGGAGUAGAGGCUCGCUAUCAAGUGGAAUUCUGUAUGUAAUCUCACGUGAUCCUACAUGCCAGCAGGAUGAGGGGGAGGAAGAAGGACAGGAGCUUCUCCUCGGCGGGACAGGACACGCUGGAAGGGGAUGCAGACAAAACAGGUCCCUACAGUUGCUCCGGGUUCUUCCAGUCGGACUUCGCGGAGCUGUGUCAGAGAGAGGACGUCGUGUACGUCCCCCAGAUCCUCCCCCGGGCGAAGCGUCCGCUGUCCCCGGGCCACACCCCGACGGUAAACCAGACCGAGGGAAAAACAACAAAGUUCAACCACCACCGGAAGUACAGCCAGAGCCUCUGGUAGACGAGGAAGGCGAGCCAGUGGAGCCUCCUCCCAAGACGUACACUGUGAAGGACAAGUUUGAGUACUUCAAGCCAUCGAUACAGGUGGAGAUGGACAACCCUGACAAGCUGGACACUGUCACUGAAAUAUACAUUCGUGGUUGGAAGGUUGACGAAUGUAUGAUGAACAUAUUCAAACAGUGCUGGCCGGCCAUGGAGAGGCUACAUACAAUCAACCUGUGGCAGGUCGGACUGACGGGGAAGACAGUCGCCAUCUUGGCGUCCAUAGUGUCGGAAUGCGAAGUCCUCAAGGAGCUGAUCCUGGACGGGAAUAGUGUGGAGGAGGAGAACUGGUAUCAGCUGAUCGGGGACGAUAGCAGCGUCCAGACGUUGUCCCUCCAGCACUGUUCCAUCACAGACGCGGGGGUGGAGGGGAUCAGCAGGGCCCUGGGUACAGCCAAGAGGUUCAACACCAAGCUCUUGUCUCUCAUCCUCACCGGGAACAGGAUCACAGAUGUCGGCGCAGAGCAUCUAGCACGGGGCCUCAGGAUGAACAGGAGGUUGAUGUCACUGUCCCUGGCCAACAACCAGAUCGGGGACAUGGGCGUCAAGAAGAUUGCAGAGGCGUUGUCGCGGUUUCCCCUGACUCACGAGGAGUUGGUGGAGCGACGCCGGCUCAUCUCGGAGAAGGAGGCUGCAGAGAAGAGCAAAGCGGCAACCAGUAGUCGCCGUGGCGACAGAUCCGGAACUUCCCGUAGCAACUCCCAGUCGGAAAGAGACAAAUCCAAGAGAGAUAACUCAGUGUCAGAGAAGGACAAAUCCAAGCGGGAUAACUCCCAGUCGGACAAGGACAAAUCCAAGCGAGAUAACUCUCAAUCGGACAAAGAUAAAUCCAAGCGAGAUAAAACUCCAUCUAAAAAGUCCAAGGAACCAAAGGUCAAGGAGGAAGAGAAAAGAGUCCCCUCGCGGAAGGAAAAGAGAAAGAGAAGGAGAAAGAGAAGGAGAAAGAACCUCCACAAAAGAAAGCUCCAGGAUCCGGGGAUGGUAAGACGGGUGGAAAGUCACGUGACAAGUCCAGAAACAGAAAGCUGACGCCACAAGAUAACGAGACUGCCGAAGUCGUGGUGAUCAUCAACCCACUGAUGGAGGCUGCGGAGUAUAUUCAGAGUUACAGAACUUGCUGUUGGCCGGAAACAGAAUCCUUGUCAACCUCAAUCUCGCCAGAAACCGGAUUACCGACGUCGGCGUGAUGGAGCUCACCAAAGCAGUGCAGUACCAGACAACGCUGAGUCUGGAGAAGAAGAUCUACUCCCUGGACAACAAACACACGGGCACGGGGCUGAUGCGGAUAUGUCUCCAU